AUGUUGCACUGUGAGAGCGAUUCCAUCCUCAAGAAAUCGAAAAGAGAAAAUCGACGCCGACAACAGAACGGACUACAUGUGCAUCAGCGACUGGCGAAACCCAGAGAGCGAAUACGUGGCGACACUGGACGCCGUGGCCCUGGCCGAACUCACGGGCUGCACCGUGCUGGUGGCCACGUGAGCCAGCCGUGCUGCUCAGAGCCAUUCGGGCGGCGCGCGGGCGGGGCGCGAGGAUUUUCGCCGAAAGCUGCCCCCAGUAUUUCUAUCUCGACCACUUCGCAUUUGGAAAAGCUGGGGCCGUUCGUCAAGUUCACGCCUGUGAUUCGCUCGGCCGAGACGCGAGACGGAAUGCGCAGAAGCCCUGGGGCGGCAUGGUGGACACCAUCGGCACCGACCACUGCCCCUUCCCCCGCCAGCGGAAGGUGGACGGCCUCGAGAACAUCCACGAGCGCCUUCGGGAUUCCGGGCGUGGAGACGACGGUGCGCCUGAUGCUCAACGCCGUGAGCGAGGGCGUCAUGACCCUCAACCAGAUGGUGCGCAUCUGCUGCGAGCAGCCCGCGCGCGUAUUCCGCAUCUAUCCCGGAAAGGGUGCAUCCAGGUGCGAUGCGGACUUCAUCGUCGUGGACAUGGACAAGGAGAGACGCUGCGCGACGCGGACAUCGUCUCCAAAUGCAAGUGGACGCCCUUUGACGGCUGGGGGGUGA